AUGAAGUGGUCGAUUCUUUUUGUGAUCUUCUCCUGUGCUUAUGGUAAGUUGUUUUACUGUGGAGUUAGUGUUCGUACUAGUAACUUUCAUUUGUUUUAAUCCUAUCUUUUAGUGUUUUUGUUUACUCUAACCCUACAUAAACGUUGAUUAUGCAGUGGUUUAUAACAGUACCAUCUUACUAAGACUUCUAAUAACUUUGAUUUGAGCUUUACCUUUACAUAGUAAUCUUUUAUAGUAAAACCAUAGUAAAAAUAGUAAACUAGAAUUAAAAUCUGACCCAUUUUGAUGAUUUUCUAACUUCCUCUCCUAUCAUGAUUAAUAACUUUUAUCACUUUCUUAAACCCAAAGAACCUUAUGGUUAAUAACGGUCAUUCCUGCUGUGAUAUCUUUGAUCAGUCAGGUAUUUGUUAUGCUGUGAAGCCUAGAACAAUUAGAUAUUUGUCGUGCUGUGACGCCUAAAAAUACGUCAAGUACAUUAAGGUUUCUUCAGCUAGACCAGAAUUGACAGAUCUACUACAAGCUGAACCAAACGAGAUCUUGUCUCAGUUUGUACCAUCUUGUAAAGCUCUGCUACAGAAUGGUUAGUUAUAGUGAUUAAUGCAAAAUCUAGAGUUUUAUUAGGUUUUUCAAUUAAUUCUGUGCUCUCUAAUUUAGAAAGUUUUCUUUGAAUGAAGGCGCAGAAUUAUUGAUCUACCUAUUAGUUACAGUAUAGCCUCUUCAUGACAAGUAUUUCGAAAAAAAAACUUUGUGACAAAGGUUUUACUUUACCUUCUUUAGCUGAUGGUUGUUUUGAAAUUGUACUUUAUUACAAUAUGAAAAUUCUUGGCGUUUUUUGACGGUCAAUAUACCGUACUUUGACGCUAAGACUUUUGCGAAACUUUAGUACAUUACAAAAAAGAAGUCCUGACUUUAGACUUUUUCAUUUUCGAACGAAUUCAAUCAACAGAAGUAAUUGUUUAAAGUCUGAGUAAUACGUAAAACUAGCGACGUAUGUUAUGUUGUCAUCAAUCACAAACAAUUUAGUCAGUAAAAUUGGUCUUUUUAUAGCAAAAGUAAAAAAAACGAGGCAGGAUAAUUACAAUUUUUUUUAUUAUUAUUUUUAAAUGUCAUUUUAUAAUAAUCAAAAUCAAAACUCAAACAUAUUUUAAAAUUAUCACAACUUUUUAAAAAUAUUAUAUUGUUGUAAGUCAAAUAAUAAUAUUGCCAUAAGCCAUACAAUAUAGAACUCGUAUCUUUUUAGCCUCUCCUCUCCUACCACAACUCCCACCAUCCCCAUUCCCAUCAAAACAAGAGUACCUUAGACUAGGCAAUAAAGCUGUUCAAGAGAUGAAGAGCUUGGUGGAGUCAGAUGUAGAGACAACAUGGCCAGAAGUGGAAAGAGAAGAUGAUGAUUACAAGAUCUACUCCAAGAAAAGUCCUUUCAAAGAGCUGAAAGAGGACCUGUUGAUGUUGGAGACUACUGCCAAGGCUAAUAUCUCGAAGGUGGCUACACUGAUGGCUCCAUUCAGAGGCUACAGAGCGAAGUGGGACGACCUGUACGAGUUUAACAAUGUCAUCGAGAACUUGGGCAAUGAGGUAGGUUAAUAUAGGUUUUAUGGUUCAUAUAGACCUUCUGCUCAAUUUAAAAGAUAUUGGCGGAAAAAAACUAGUGAGACCUUGUGAAAUAUUACAGUACUACCUUUUUAAAACCAGAUAUUCAAAUUCAAAUCACCAAAAUAUCUCAUUUUAAAUAUAAAUGUCAAUUUUUUCAGACCUAUAUUAUCCAUGAAGCUGUGCACUCAGUGUUCGUCCUCUCAGCUCGUGAUGCUGUUUUAGUAUGUAAAGAGGAACACUUCGGCACAACCUUGAUCUUGGGAUGUCACAACACUACCCAUGUCAACGUACCAGAGAAGGAAGACUAUGUUCGCACCGUGCAGAGAUUGGUCGGAUAUUACCUUACUCCAGAUGAGAAAAACCCUCAUUGGACCAAGAUUCAUGUAAGUCAUACUACUUUUAUAGGCUCUAAUAUAUGUUGGAAAGUGAAGAAUACUGUACUUUAAUUACACUAUCUGUUUCAUAACUAUUUUUACCUAAAAAUAUUACUUUAUCGUUGUUUUAAGAUCGUUUCUGAGCUAAAUUAGCCUAAAAUUUUGCCAUUUUGUAAAUAUUUUACACCUUCAGCAGUAUCAUAAAAGUCAUACUGUAGCUUAAAAUUUUAAUUACUGUCUAUAAACUAUCAAUACAUGUCAAAAAACCUUCAAAAACUAUAUAUAAUCGUAUGUUUUCAGGCCAUUAUUGGAGUAGAUCUGAACCUGAAGGUGGGCUUCUUCUCAAGCUUGGUCAACCGAUUCAAACCAGGCCAACUGGUCGAUUUCGUUGGUCGGUUAAACGACGCGGUCAAAAACUACAAAUUCUGA